AUGAGUCAACAAUAUUUCCCCAGAGAGGGCUCCUCUUCGGCCAGUGAGGGCUCCUCCAGACACGCCGCUGGAGCAUCCUCAAACAGUCCUCGUCCAUACAGCGAAGGGCCUGAAUAUAUGGUCGUUGGGUCCGGAUCAAUUUCGCACAACGCAACGUCGCUGAUGGCGUCGUUGAAUUCCGAUUCUGGCUAUGGGGGUAGCAUAAUGGGCGAGAGUGCGGAUGGAUUGAUGGAAGACCGCCCUACGCCUUCACAUACUCCAGUUCUUCCAGGACAGUUCAAUGAAGCGGCCGAGCACGAAAGACAGGUUGUCGCAAGCCAUGUCCAUCAGUUGCUGUACAAUUCGAACCGAACCCAACUUAGUCGAUCGAUUACUCGUACCGUUGAACUUCUCAAGGAGCUUCAGCAGAUGAACCGCCAGUGGCCUGCUCACUACCCACCCGUCCAAUCCACUCAAUCCACAUCCGCUUCCGUAUCUAGUUCGCCGCGCGUACAGUCAUUCCAGCUCGAUGCAAUGAAUUCAGGUUCCCACGAACGGCCGGACCCUUUGCUGCGGCGUGCGACUACAGGGGUGGAUGGGAGUGUGAUUCCCGACCACAGCGAAACCGCAGAAAAUAGACCCCCUCCCGGACCACGACUGGUGACGCCGCAGAUCGCCCAAGAAUUCUCUAUAUUAAAACUGGACCUUAAACUCGGCUCAUUGUCGCAGUCAGAGUUGGUUCAUUCGUUGGAAAAAAGCUCCAUUGCCUCGUUGCUGGAUGGCAGGGUGAGCCAGAGUAUCAGACAUUUACUUUCUCUGAGGGAUAGGAUAGAGGAUUUGUCUAGCAAAGUGUUGAUUACUGGCGAUCUCAAUGCUGGCAAAUCGACGUUCUGCAAUGCGUUGUUGCGGCGCAAAGUUUUGCCAGAAGACCAGCAACCCUGUACGAGUAUUUUCUGUGAGGUGCUGGAUGCCAGAGAAAAUGGCGGUAUUGAAGAGGUCCAUGCCCUUCACAAGGAAAGGCCAUAUAACCGCAACGACGAGAGCACGUACGACGUAUACUCGAUACAAGACCUGGAGUCUCUAGUUGUGGACAACAGCAAGUAUAUGCAGUGCAAGAUUUAUUUGAAGGAUGCGAGGACAAUUGACGAGUCGUUGCUGAACAAUGGUGUGGUCGAUAUAUCCAUCAUCGAUGCCCCCGGUUUGAACUCCGAUUCCGUCAAGACCACUGCUGUCUUCGCACGCCAAGAGGAAAUCGACGUGGUCGUUUUUGUCGUGUCCGCUGCGAACCACUUUACCUUAUCAGCGCAGGAAUUUAUCAUGAAUGCCGCCCACGAAAAAGCUUAUAUAUUUAUUGUUGUGAAUGGAUUUGACAAUAUUCGGGAUAAGCAACGAUGCAAGCAAAUGGUUUUGAAGCAAAUUGCUAAACUGAGCCCACGAACUUUCAAGGAGUCUGCUGAACUUGUCCACUUUGUAUCGAGUAAUGCGAUCCCUGUUAUGCCUGCUAUCACAAAUAGUGGAGGUGGUGGAGGCGAUGGAGGCGAUGGAGACGAUGGAAAUGAUGGAAAUGAUGGAAAUGAUGGGGCCGCAGAAUUGGAUGGUGAGGAUGGCUCAAAAGGCAAAGGAAAAGCCCCUACUGCAGCGGAUGAGAAGGGGAAAGGGAAGGACAAAGAGAAAAUCCAUGACUUUGAAAAUUUGGAGGGUGCAUUGCGCCGAUUCGUCCUUGACAAACGCUCACGUUCGAAGCUCGCACCAGCAAAGACCUAUCUCUUGAACAUCCUUUCUGAUCUACAUGUUCUUGCCUCUGCCAACCGGGAUGUCGCUUCAUCCGAGCUCGAUCGCAUGACAAAGGAACUCGAUGAACUUGUGCCUGCCUACGAGGGGAGCAAAAAGAGUCAGACGGAAGUUACUGAACAGCUUUCGAAUUCUAUUGAUGAAUCGUGCGAGGAUGUUUAUAACCAUUCUCGGUCAACUUUGUCCACACGAGUAGCAACGCUUGCUGAAGCCACUCUUGGAAUUGAGUAUCCUGGCUUAUUUUCUGCGUUCCAGUAUGCAGAAGAUCUGAAGGCAGCUAUGCUCGACGAGCUUACCGCCUCCGUUUCUGCCUGCGAGGAUUACGCUCGGGGAAAAUCCAUCCAGGGAGUCAACAUGAUCCAGAGCAUCGGCAUUCUCCAUGUUGGAGAAGAUAAAUUCCCUAAUCUUAAUUUCCGCGCGGAUCUUAUGUUCAAGCAAAAGCGACAUGUCACUGCCAGGCAGCUCGAUACUGAAGUCGAUCUGUGGGACUUUUUCGACGUCGCUGGCAUCUGGCAUCGGCAGGAGAAGGUUGCCGGAACGGGCAUGGCGAUGACUUUUAUCACCGUCCUUGGCGGAAGGGCCUUGGGUGGAGCAGGUUGGAUCGACGGUGUUCUUGGUGCUGCUAGGAUCCUAGGAACUAACAAUAUACGGCGCAUGAUUGUGCCUGGCAUGAUCGCAGCAGCACUAUUAACCGCGUCAUACCUCCUCACCCAAAUCCCCACUGCCCUCCCUGCCAACAUUUCCCGCAAACUCUCCGAAACCCUCGCGGAGAUCGAUUAUAUUCACGCCAAUGCCAGCCGCAUCUCAUCUGAGGUGCGUCGUGUCCUCCGCAUGCCCGCCUCAAGGCUACAAUCGACCCUCCAGACAGCCACCGAGGAACUGUCAAAGCGGAAAGACGAAGUCGGCAAGACCAAGCAAGAGAGCGAAAUUGCCAACAAGUACUUCUCGAAUCUAUUCCGUGAGAGCAGGGAGACUUGCAGGGCGGUUGAGCAGGUUGAUUUGGAAUCGCCGCUGCCAGGUAGCAUGGCGCAAUAUCAGGGAUAAACAGUACGAGGUUUGGGUUCUUGAGUUCCCCCUUUUCUUACCUCUUU